CUCCUUUUUGGCAUGUUUGCGUUCCCUACACAGCCUGGAAACACAUGUUUCUCACGAGAACUGUAAGCGUGCCAAUUCCGUGACCUGAUAGCGCCAUUCCGCGCUCACGAAAGAAUAAAUAUGUUUCGUCCGUGUAGCGGCGCGAUAGGUAUGGUUGAGGUGGUGGUACCCUGCGCCAGAGGUAGGUAUAUGAGUACUUUCCUGUCUCAGCUUUUUUGUCGCUUCACAACAUCGUUCAGCACUUGCUUCGAGAUACUCACUCUCUCUUCUUCGUCAAUCUCUUUUUCACAGCAUCAGCGAUUUCAUAUCACACUUCCUUCACCAUGACGGAACAACGCAACAUUGUCGUGCUCGGCGCCUCAGCUGCCGGCCUCCAGAGCACGCACUACAUCAUGAACCACAUCCUGCCCACACUUAAGCAGAGCAAGAAGGAUGCCAAGUAUCACGUCUACCUCAUCAACCCCUCCUCAGACUGGUGGUUCAGAGUAGCAUCGCCACGAGUCGCUGCUUCCACUUCCCGCAUGGCUUCUGAGAAGAUCUUGUUCGACAUCCGCCCAGGCCUCAAACGGUACUCCAAAGACGACAUCACCUUCAUCGAGGGCACGGCUACCGGUCUCAGCGAGCCCACCCGCGCAGUCACCUACCGCCGCAGCGGCGCCUCAAUCGAAGAAACCCUCUCCUAUCACGCCCUGAUCGUCGCAACUGGCAGCAGAACUUACCACCAAGCCUUCUCCAUGAGCGCCGCUACCCAAACGACCCUGGACUCCAUCAAAUACACCAACGAGAAAGUCCGCACAGCAAAGGACAUUGUCAUUGUAGGUGGCGGCCCCACCGCCGUCGAAUUCGCAGGUGAAGUCGCAGAGCACCGUAACGGCAAGCCAGGCUAUUUCAGCAAGGUGUCGAAGAAGGCAAACAUCACACUCAUGACCGCGUCGGACAAACUCCUCCCCGCUCUGCGCCCCGCCAUCGCCAAAGCCGCCGAGGCGAAGUUGAAAGCGCUCGGCGUGGAGGUGCUGUACAAGCAGCGCGUCGUCGACGCUUCAACCUCCGGCGACCGAACGCUCAUCACGCUCGCCCAAGGCGACAGGAUCGAAGCCGACCUAUACGUGCCCGCAUUCGGCGUCGAGCCCAACUCGUCGUUCCUGCCCUCGCACCUGCUCGACGACAAAAACUACCUCAGAGUCAACGAAAAGACUUUGAGAGUCGAUGACGCCGGCCCGCGCGUAUACUCCAUCGGCGACGUCGCCUCCUACUCCCGCAACUCCAUCCUCGACAUCAUGAACUCCUUCCCCGCCCUCUUCGUCAAUUUGAAGCGCGAUUUGCUGGCCUACAACGCUAUGCUGCCGGACGAGAAGCCAAAGGGCAAGGAUCGCUUGUAUGUGAGGGAUGAUAAGGAGAUGCAGAUUGUGACAAUUGGGAGCGGUGGUGGUGUGGGCGCGAUUAUGGGGUGGAAAGUGCCCAGUUUCUUUGUAUGGAUGAUCAAGGGGAGAGAUUUCAUGGUUGGUAUGUCAGGCGCGUCGACGGCGAAUGGGGAUAGUAUGAAGAAGGAGAUCGCGUGGACAAAGGAGGAGGCGGUCAUUUGAGGAGGACGGGUGGGUGUGGAUGUUUGCUAGCUUGGUAUUCUGUGUGAGUUCCUACGUCUUAAGCUCGUUGAAACCUCUACCGUGAUAUUUAUCUUUUGUCAUACUCACUCAAGCCGCUGCGUGUAGUGUGUGAGGUACAUUCGCCUUCCGCGAUCUUUCCUUUUGCAGAUGACCAUGUAGCUUUCAAUGUGGCGUAGGACAUUCAGAGCAUCAAACUUGGUAUUUUGAGUCUAUCAAAAAC